AUGCUGAUCACGGAUUAUAUGGCUAACAGAAUUCUCAGCCCCGAAUGGGACCCAAUCGAGUUCCAACCUCGGAGAGAGUGGCUCGAUAUCCGGGCCCAGCCAGUUGAGUGUAUUCGAGCCGUAUGCCUGUCACCCCCCGACUACUUCCAUCCAAACAUCUGGGCCAUUUUUCUGUCCACGUCUGAAGUAGACAUGACAGCGGUAAGGCUUGAAUGCCAACCAACCGACCGCCGCAGAACCAUCAUCCUACAAGGUUCUAAAGCCAGAAUCUUGUUUCAAAAAACAUCGGUCUUAUUCCCGCGCGAUGUGGCAGCGACCUUUGUCCUUGGUGUGAACCCGGGAUUCACGGUGGCGGAUAUUCACAGCAUAAUUGUUACGAAUGACCGGCACAAAUACGAGAUUGACGAAGAAUGUUUCAAUAUCCGAACCUGGGUUUAUGAUCAAAUCAAUCUCUUCAACCAGCAUGGUAUCUUCGCCAACUAUGGCGAGGUCGAAAUUGUGAAUGAUGCACUCCAGAGAAGAUGGCCAGGGGGAGAUCCUAACCCGCUCGAGGAAGGGGCUUACUAUGGUCUACAGUGUGACGAAAGGAAGCCAGCAUGCUCCAAAUGCAUCCAUCAUGCUAUCGAUUGCGACUUUCUCUCGACGGAAGCUACACCAUCAGCCUCGCCCUCUUCAGCACCAUCACCAUCCAAACCUUCGAAGGCCAAAUUUCGAUUCAAGCCUUCUAAAUACCAAUCUGAAAAAUACAAGCCCAGGGACGAAACAGGCGAGGCAUCUUCGCAGACAGUCUCCACGGAAGUCCAGUCCAAGGAUUCCAGCACCAGCGCCUUAUCACAGAGUCAAGAUACCAUCUCAUUCGCCGACCUACGACUCUUCCACCACUUUGUCACAGAGACCUAUCGCACCAUAGUGGACGAAGCAACCGACCGCAAUCAAGUUUGGCGAACUCACCUUCCACACUGGGGGUUCUCCACGCCGUCCAUCUUCCAUCUUAUGUUGGCGCUGGCAGCUUUGCAUCUGGGCUAUCUCCACCCCGAGGAAAGAGCUCGGUAUGUGUUGCAGGCAGAUGACCACUUCACAUUCGGCAUUCGAUCCGUGUCAGCUAUUCUAUCGAGCCUUAACUCGGGGAACUGCCAAUCGAUCUACAUGUCGACAGUGCUGGUAUGCUUUGUUUAUUUCGCACACGGUCCAAAACCCGGUGAAUACCUGGUGUUCAGUGAGACGGGAAAGGCUGAAUGGUUGGUUCUUAUGAGAGGAGUGAGGUCGAUCUUGUUCUCUCACCGUGACAAAAUCUUUACCGGGGUCUUAGAGAUUCAAACCGACCCUGCUAUUCAGGGCGUCAGCCCCUUGUUACAAGAUGAGCUCGGAGAACAUCAGUCCCGUAUCAAAGCAUUUCAACGUUUUAUGGAAAUGCAAGCUGGCGGGAGUUCCACAUCUCAAAUUCAUAUCGAUGCACUUGAACGGUUGUUCCAAAUGUUUGAGGAAGCAUACCGGUGUCUCAGUGCUGGGAAGGAUGGUACUAACUUGAUGGCUCCUCUCUUCGGGUGGAUAUACAGACUGUCCGAGGAGUUCAUUUGUCUUCUUGAGGAUAAGGAGCCAUUUGCGCUGGUUAUUCUUGCUUACUGGUGUAUUAUUUUGAAGUUCAUGGGAUCCUCGUGGCUUAUGAUCGCCUGGGAUCGACAUGUCAUCGCGGGAAUUCGGCAGUCUCUAGGCACUGAAUUUCACCAAUGGAUUGAGUGGCCUGUGCGUGUCAUUUGCGAUUGA